AUGCCGGGCCGUUUAAUUCCCAACUUGAUUCGGAAUGCGAGUUCUUUACACUCCUCCGUUUCCUCCACACCUAUCCACUCGAACUCCUCUUCGACCGUCUCUGUCAAUGAAAUCCCCGGACAGGGCAAAAAGCCAACUCACAAACCAGACCGCGCACGAUCCCCCGAACGCCGCCUAUCAUUCACAAUGGAUCAAUUGAUUCACCCUCUGCGAGACCACAGCAAGGAGAAGCGCCGUAGCCUCGGACGCCCAGGACGAUCCAAGGAGCGUUCCAGCCAUGAAGCGCCGGCGCCAGCAGCAAAGCUGGAUGUCCUGAUCGAGUCGCCACCACUGGUCUGCUAUGGCCCGCCUACCAACUCCACCGGCGCGCUGUUCUCUGGGCGCUUGCGCAUCACUGUAUCUGAGGUGGCUGGCGCAGUCGUCCUGAGUCAAUUCGACGUCCGUCUCGUAUCCAAGACCACCACCAAGAAGCCUGUCUCGAAUCACUGCACAAAUUGCGCUACUCGCACCGAGGAGCUGACCCAGUGGAACUUCAUCAACCACAACCUUUCGCUCGCGGUAGGGGACCAUGACUUCCCCUUCAGCUAUCUGUUCCCUGGCCACCUCCCCGCUUCUUGCAAUGGCGUGCUGGGUAAGGUUGAGUAUUUCCUGUUGGCGCAUGCGCAGAGCAUCACCGGAGAAGAAUACAGCAUUAAAAUGCCGCUGGAACUGAACCGUUCUCUGCUUCCCGGGCCUGAUAAGUCUUCCAUUCGCAUCUUCCCACCGACAAACCUCACUGGCCGCAUCGUGUUGCCUUCCGUGGUGCACCCCAUUGGCAGUUUCCCCGUCGAGAUGACUUUGAGCGGCGUGGUCGACAAGGGCGAAAAAACGCAGACCCGCUGGCGUCUUCGAAAGAUGAUGUGGCGAAUUGAAGAGCAACAGAAGAUUGUGUCAACCGCAUGCCAGAAGCACGCCCACAAGAUUGGCGGAGAGGGGAAAGGAGUUCUGCAUCAGGAGACUCGCGUUAUCGGCCACAAUGAGGAGAAGACCGGCUGGAAGACCGAUUUCGACACCGCUGGCGGCGAGAUCACUAUGCAGUUCGACGCGAACAUCAACCCCUCCGCCAAUGCCGUCUGCGACAUGGAAGCCCCCGGUGGCCUGGAAGUCAAGCACAAUCUAGUCAUCGAGCUUAUCGUAGCCGAGGAGUUCUGCCCCAACGGCAACACCCGCCUUAUCACCCCGACUGGUGCCGCCCGUGUGCUCCGUAUGCAGUUCAACCUUCACUUCACUCAGCGUGGUGGUCUGGGUAUUAGCUGGGACGAGGAAAUGCCUCCAAUCUAUGAGGAUGUCCCCGCUAGCCCUCCCGGGUACACUAAGCCUCCCCCUCACAGCAGCUACAUUGGGGAUUACGAGGGCUCCCCCCUUUCAUUGCCCGAUUACGAUGAUCUGGACCGUAUCGAGUCCUUGCAAUUGGAGAGCAGCUCCACGAGCUCUUCCAAUACUCAUGGCUCUGUUCCCCCCCGGCUGCUGCGCUUUACCUCGGAUGACCUUGUCGCCGGGGUAUCUCCGGCUAUCUCACCCAUGCCUUCACGCGCGCCUUCUCGUGCCCCCUCAAUCGACUCCUCGCGUGAAUAA